ACGCAAAUGACGAAUUCCCAUGAUGAUCAUCUUGCAAUUACUAUCCCCGGGGGUGCCACGUGGAUAAGGUUUAUUUCCCACAAGAUUAUCUGUCACAUCCGUUGAGAGUUUGAAUUGAGUUGACUCAGUCUCCCGGCUUGCCACUGCUAGAACACCGCAACUUCUACAUACAUCCAUUCAACGUCAUUGACCACCGGAACACCAGCCCGAGAUACAAAGAAGCCAAGAAAAUGGGCGAAAUCGGCGACCACCACCGCGACAUCAAGCAACACAAAAAACAGCACAAGCAAAAACACCUCAAACAGAAACACCAGAAAGAACAACAGAAACGCGAAAGCCCCCCUCGCUCCCACCGACGAUGCUGGGACUGGAUGCUCGUCAGCGGCAACGUGCACUACGCCAAAAACCGCGCCGCCUUUACCUCAUACCGUCGGGCGCCGGGGAAAAUAGGGCACAUGCGCGUGCUGGGCGUGGGGACUGUGCAGUUGCAGGUUCGCCGGGCACCGGAGGAUGAGAGGACGGGGACGAUGGUGUUGAAUGAUGUGAUGCAUUUUCCUGAUGCACUUUGCAAUGGGGUUUGUAUCAAUAAGCAUUUGAGGGAGAACCCGCAGGAGGACUUGACUUCGUGGAAGACUUUCCAGGUGGAGGAUAGGAAUAAUGGGGAGCCAUUGUGGUAUGGAAAGGAUUAUUGUGGAUUGGGGAGGUUGGUUCUUGCGGGGGAUCCUCAGGGAGAGACAUAUCUCAGUGAAGAUCAGGGGUAUCUUCUAAGUGUGCAUGCUUCCGAGGCAGACUUGGAGAAACUCCACCGUCGUGUUGACAGUGCAAGCCUUUAAUAGAAAUCUCUAUAUGAGACCAGUUGGUUAUUUUGGAAGCAAAAGAAAAACCUUUGAAUGAGUGCCAGCAAGUGCAGUUCAUUCUUCAUGUCCUAUGCUUCGAAGGACUUGUGUGUCAUUUGAAGGAAGUCUGUACAUUUAGCAUCAGGGAAACUUGGCAAUGAGAAAACAGUAUAAACAAUUGGAUUUCAAUGAGCACAGGGACAACACAAGUGUUGUAUGGGGUAUUAGAUAAUGUCGAUAAUAGUAUACAAUUGCCCACGACAAAGAGCUGGGUAUCUCACUAAGCUUCAUUAUGUGCAUCUCAUGCCACUCCAAGCAUCCCAGAACUUAUCAUCGCCAUAGAAAGGUUUGAUCUGAAUAUCGCAAAUCAUGGCAAGCCUGGUCGAAGCAUCAC